AGACUGUGCCGUUUUAUUUUCACUGAAACAAUAGAAAAUACGUACACUUAUUAGUGAGAAUAUACUUAUUUUAAGGUAUUUUUCGGUUCAUUGAAGUUACCUAAUUUGACCUGUUUUGAAAAGUCUUGACCAGCCAAAAUUUCUUGUUCUAUUGGCAAAUAAUUUUGCUUAGUUCAAGUAAAAUACCCCUCAUUUUUGUAUAUAUUUUUUCUUGUUUUUGAACACUGACUUUUUGCAGUGUGGGUUUUAGUAGGCCUUUAAACACUUAAGUCAUUUUAUAUUCAUUCAUGUUUACUUUUAACAACAUUGGAAGGGUUUUUUAUUUUUUAUUUUUUUCAAUCCAACAUAUUUCCCUUCUAAGGUCGCCUCAUUUCGGAAGGAUUCUUUUUUUUUUUUUUUUUCCUGUGCAGCUGCCAUGUAGCGGAGGGAGGCGCCGCGGUCUGCUGGAAGAGCCGAGCCCGGGGAGUCAGUCACAUUCCUGGCUGGGAUUCAAUGACUGAAGCAGACACAAACAAACAGAGAGAGAGAGAGAGAGAGAGAGAGCGUGGAGGUAGACGGGGAGAAGAGAGAGAGUCCACGCCAGACUGGGUGGCACAUUUCGGACGCACAUUAGGAGUGCGUAAAACCGCUUGGAACGCGUAAAAACAACAAUCCCCACUCGUGUUCGACUUUUCGUCUAUUUUUUUUCUUUCUUUUUUUUUUUUUUUUCCAGAAUUGUGGGAGUGUUGGAAGUUGUUGGUAAUCCCUUCCUUUCUGAAUGGACUCUCCGGGAAGAGACGCUGGUCCUGGUCCGGGGACGCUGGCUGGUCGGCGGCGUGGAAAUGCGUGUUGGUAGCGAGAGCAAACACGACGAUAACGACGCAACCUCGACUUGUUUAGUGUUUUAAAUUUUUUUUAAUUUUUUUUUUCCCCCCCUACCCUAACAAAGAUGGAGGUGGGCAGUUUUCACCCCCACCCGGGACUCCAGCAAACUCUGAAGCAGUUCCACCUGAGCUCCAUGCGCUCCCUCAGCGGGCCGGCGGCGUUCUCCGCCCGCUGGCACCAGGAGUCCCCGUUCAAGGACGCGGAGAUGGUGCUCUCGCUGCCGCCCCCGGUCAUGUCCGGGCCGCUCUUCAUCCCCUCCGACCGCUCCACGGAGCGCUGCGAGACGGUGCUGGAGCGGGAGCCCGUCUCCUGCUUCGUGGUGGGCGGCGAGAAGCGGCUGUGUCUGCCGCAGAUCCUCAACAGCGUGCUGCGGGACUUCUCCCUGCAGCAGAUCAACUCGGUGUGCGACGACCUGCACAUUUACUGCUCGCGGUGCACGGCGGAGCAGCUGGAGAUCCUGAAGGUGGUGGGCAUCCUGCCCUUCUCCGCGCCCUCCUGCGGCCUCAUCACGCAGACGGACGCCGAGCGGCUGUGCAACGCGCUCAUCUACGGAGGCUCCUACCCGCCGCGCUGCGACAAGGAGCGCGGCUCCCUGGAGCUGGAGCGCACCGAGAAGAGCGUCCGGGUCUACCACGAGUGCUUCGGCCGGUGCAAGGGCUUGUUCGUGCCGGAGCUCUACUCCAACCCCGGCGCCGCCUGCGUGCAGUGCCUGGACUGCAGGCUCAUGUUCCCGCCGCGCAAGUUCGUGGUGCACAGCCACAAGCGGCUGGAGAACCGGACCGUGCACUGGGGCUUCGACUCGGCCAACUGGCGGGCCUACGUGCUCCUGGACCCGGACUACGGCGACACGGAGGAGAAGGCGAGCCUGGAGCAGCUGCUCGGGGACUUAAAGGGGAAAUAUGACCUGAGCGGCAAGCUGGGCAGGAAGUCGUGCAGAUCGCCGAGUCCUGUGACAGCCAAGAGGUCCAAAGUGGACAGACUGGCGUCUCCGUCAGCUGACAACAAGAAGCGCAAACCCGAGUGGCUGCAGUCAUUGUCCACGCACAAGGACCUCAAACAAGUUCAGCUCAAGCAGAGACCGUCCGCUUUCCGACCUUGGUCUCCCAAAGCGGCCUCUCAGGAUGAGCUGGAGAGGUCCAACUCCAAGUGCAAGGAGCCCCGGGCUCCCCAGGUCCAUCCCGGGGACCGCCACGCUCCCAGCAGGGGGGCCCGAGCUGAACAGAGUAUUGGCGACUUGCAGGCCGUCAUCAAACAGUCUAGCCUGGACGACCUGGACACGGACGGAGACAUCGAUGUGGACGACUGCGACGAUGGUCCACUCGCGGCGUCCUCGCUCGCUUCGCCCGCCUCAGCCUGCAGCAGCGCCCCCCAGACGUUGACCCCUCAGCUUCAGGAGGGAGCCGCCUGGAUGUCGGGACACGUUUGCCCCGAAAUGGACGCCCUGAGACAGACGCUCUUCGCCGGGCUGGACUCCAAAGAGUCCAGGGAAAAGUUUUUGCAGGAGGUGCUGAGGAUGCGGCUCAAGCAGGAGGAGAAGCUGGCGGCCGCCGUGCAAGCCAAGCGCGGCCUGCAGCAGGAGUUGGAGUUUGUGAAAGUGGCCAAGAAGGGCCGCCUGCGUGAGGCCGUGGAGGCCAAGAGAAACCUUCGCAAGGAGAUAGAACGCCUUCGUGUGGACUGGGAGAGGAAGAUGAGGGAGGCGGACGAGGCCAGCGAGCGCCUCCAGAAGGAGUUGGAGCAGGAGAGGAAGCUGAGAGGAUGUGAUAAAGGAUGCCAGGCCGAGCGUCUACGGGGAAAAUACUCAACUCAGAUUGACGAGCUGCACGCACAUCUCCAGCAGGCCGAGGAGGACCGCGAGAAACUCAGGCAGGAGCUCCAGCAGGAGCGGGAGUCGCGGCAGAGCCUGGAGAGCGUCGUUUGGGACCUGCAGUCCCAGCUGGACAAGCAGGCCGACCUGCACGGGCCCCCCGCAGCGGGGGCCUCGCUGGGGGCGGAGCACAGGGACGGACAGAGCACACAACGCAGCAGCCCCUCCUAAAGCUGCGACCAGGUACUUUCAUCAACGUGAUGGCGAAACGGACUGGAGAGAAGCGAGCGCGGCUGCGUCACACUACUUGAAAAUGAAGGGAAGUCACAUGUUACACGUCUGUCAGCACAACAACAACACGGUGCCACAAAAGUAUUGGUACAAGCCGAGUGGCACUCAUGCAGACCACUGGAACCAACACACAGCGUUUACCACUAUUUACCUGCAAUAUCUGCUUGCUUUUUAAAUAUAUAUAUAUAUAUAUAUAUAUAUAUAUAUAUAUAUAUAUAUAUAUAUAUAUAUAUAUAUAUAUAUAUAUAUAUAUAUAUAUAUAUAUGUACUGUAUGUAGAGGAUUUGUUACUCCAUAGGCAAAAACAAACAAGGCAUUUAUAACCUCAAGUAUUGGAGGAUUUCAUAUUUUAUGUAUGGAUGUGCAACUUUUUCAUAGCUUCAUAUCUGCUUUUUUGCUCAUUUAAUAAGGUCACACUGAAAAUAAGUCAUAUUAAUUAUUAAUUCUAGUCGUACUUGGAAGCUGGGAACGUACAAGAAUAAAGUUGCUUCUUUUUUUGAAAAAAAAAGUCAUAAUUUUACUAUAGUUAAGUCAUAUGUUUUCUUGAACUAAUGUGGCAGUCUUACAACAAUAAUACCAUUUCAAAAUAAUUUGAGUUUUGAUGAAUUCCUAAAUAAUUAGUCAAUUAAAAAUUUUUUUUUUUUUUUUACAAAAAAUCAAUUUUUUUUUACAUACAUACAUAAAUUUACAUUUUUCUCCUGUCUAUUUUCUAACCUAAAUAUAUAUUUAAUUAAUAUACACAUUUUUCCAAUAAUGUUUUCUGAGAAAUAUGUUUAAAAAAAAAAGUUUUUUUAUAUCACUUUUUUUUCCAAACAUUAAAAAAAAAAAAAGACUAUUUUCCUCAAGAAAAAACUGUCAAAAAUAGACACUUUUCUUUGUAAAUAAUGUGACUUAAUCACAAAAAAUAUAUUAUAUAAAUAUACCACUUUUUAUCCCCAAAAUUAAUAAUUAGAUUUUAAAAGAAUGUGACUUAAGUUUAGUAAAUUUCCAGCAUUAUUAGUCCUAUGUAAAAAACAAAAACUGUUUUUUAUCUCUUUUUUUUUUUUUUUAAUAUGUCUAUUUUCCUCAACAACAUAACAACUAUCACAAAAAAAACGUUGUUAUACAUGAAUUAUUUCAAAAAUACUUUUUUUUUUUAAUAACGCGACUUAUUUCUUAAAAGUGUAAUUAUAUAAAUCAUAUGACAGGUUUUACUUCACAAAAAAAAAAAAGAGUAAGAAACAUAUAAUAUCUAAAUAUACCACUUUUUAUCCCCAAAAAUAAUAAUUUGAUUUUAAAAGAAUACAACUUAAGUCUAGUAAGUUUCCAGCAUUAUAUUAGUCGUAUUUAAACAAUUUUUUAAAUCAUUUUUUUCUAUUAAAAAAAAUGACUUUUUUUUUUUUCAACAGAACUAUCACAAAGUACACGUUGUUAUACAUAAAUUAUUUCAAAAAUUGACACCAUUUUUUUUAAUAACGCGACUUAUUCACACACAAAAAUUCUAAGAAAUAUAUAAUAUAUACAUAAACCAUUUUUUAUCCCCAAAAAUAAUAAUUACAUUUUAAAAGAAUACAACUUAAGUCCAGCACGUUUCCAGCAUUAUAUUAGUCUUAUGUAAAAAAAAAAAAAAGUUUUUGAUGUAUUACUUUUUUUUAAACAUUUAAAAAUAUGACUAUUUUCCUCAACAAUAAAACUAUCAGAAAAAGUAGACGUUGUUAUACAUAAUAUAUUUCAAAAAUUACUUUUUGAAAGUGCAACAUAUAAAUCACAAAAAAUAGUAAGAAAUAUAUAAUAUAUUCAUAAACCACUUUUUAUCCCCAAAAUUAAUAAUUAGAUCUUAAAAGAAUGCGACUUAAGUUUAGUAAAUUUCCAGCAUUAUGAGUCUUAUGUGAAAAAACAAAAAAAGAUGUUUUUUAUCUCUCUUUUUUUUUUUAAAUAUGUCUAUUUUCCUCAACAACAAAACAACUAUCACAAAAAAAAACGUUGUUAUACAUGAAUUAUUUCAAAAAUACUUUUUUUUUUUUAAUAACGCGACUUAUUUCAUAAAAGUGUAAUUAUAUAAAUCAUAUGACAGGUCUUACUUCACAAAAAAAAAAAGAGUAAGAAAUAUAUAAUACCUAAAUAUACCACUUUUUAUGCCCCAAAAAUAAUAAUUUGAUUUUAAAAGAAUACAUCUUAAGUCUAGUAAGUUUCCAGCAUUAUAUUAGUCGUAUUUAAACAAUUUUUUUAAAUUAUUUUUUUAUUUUUUUAUAUGUAAAAAAAAUAUGACUAUUUUCCUCAACAAAAAACUAUCACAAAGUAGACGUUGUUAUACAUUAAUUAUUUCAAAAAUCGACACCUUUUUUUUUUAAUAAUGCGACUUAUUCACACACAAAAAUACUAAGAAAUAUAUAAUAUAAACAUUAACCAUUUUUUAUCCCCAAAAAUAAUAAUUACAUUUUAAAAGAAUACAACUCAAGUCUAGCAUGUUUACAGCAUUAUAUUAGUCUUAUGUAAAAAAAAAAAAAAGUUUUUGAUAUAUGUUUUUUAAACAUGUAUUUAAAAAUAUGACCUUUUUCCUCAACAAUAAAACUAUCACAAAGUAGACGUCAUCAUACAUAAAAUAUUUCCAAAAAUACUUUAUUUAUUUUUUUAAUAAUGAGACUUAUUUCUUCAAAGUGUAACAUAUAAAUCACAAAAAAUAGUAAGAAUUAUAUAAUAUAUACAUUUUUAUCCCCAAAAUUAAUUGGAUUUUAAAAGAAUACAACUUAAGUCUAGUAAGUUUCCAGCAUUAUAUUAGUCUUUCUUUUCAAUGUGGCCUUAAUACUCUUUCGUAAUAAAUGUCCUUUCAACAAAGACAAAAAAAAAAAAAAAAAAAAAGCAACAAAAAAAUAAA